AUGAAUCGCGUAAGCAAGUGUGCAGUCGUUGCUGGGUCCUCUCUUCUCGGUGCUCUUUCUUCCUUGGUGCCUCGCUACCCGUCUGCCUCCCUUUCCGUUUCCCCGAUGUUCACACGCAAAGCGCUCCUCGUUCCUCUUGCUCUCGCGGCCAGUCUCUUCAACUUCCUGGCCGCCGCGGGAAACCACGGGGACUCCUUGGCGACCGGGACGGCCACGGCCGAGCUGCCAGGGGCGCCGCAGGAUACACCUCCGCUUCUCUGGAAUGGCGCGGGGCCGGGCGCCUCUCGUCCUGGAAUCGGCGCGGGCAGGAGCCGGAACGCAACCCUCCCGUGGCGACGCAAACGCCCUUUGGCAGCCUCUGAGGAUGAAGGCGCACUAGGCGCCGCUUCGCUGCGCGGCAACCCCAGUGGUUUGUUCUCGAACACUCUGGAGACUGCGGAAAAUGGAGCUAUUCAAGUGGAACGGCAAGCCGCAGCAGAGAUGGCGAGCGCGAAGGAAGACAGCCAAACCCUGACGAGAAGGAUGCGUGCUGCGUGGAGGCCGUGGGCGACAUCGACUGAUCGGCGCGUCAGCUUUUUUGACAUCACGAUCCUUCUGAUCGCUCUCGUGAUCACCGGCGUGACCACAAACUGGAUGAGGGGGCUACGGAUAAAAGUGGCGCACGCCGUUGGUGCGGAAUUCAGGGACGUCGUCCUGGGACGCUUGGCAGAUCCGGCGUGA